AUUUUCUUUGCGGCUGUAACUCAAGUCAUUUUCUAUUCUUUUCUAAAAAUGUACCCGUUUCAUAAGAUAAAAAUCUGUUCUAAAAUCAUCGUCUUAACAUACUGAGACUGACUAACAACAUUGCUUUUAUUCCAAGUCAUGUUUUAAAUUCUGAAUAUUGAAUAUAAUCUUCUUCUUCUUUUCCUUUCGGCUGCUCCCUUCAGAGGUCGUCACAGCAAAUCAACCUCCUCCAUCUCCUCCAUCCAUAUUGAAUAUAAUAUACUACAUUGUUCUAUUGUAUGGUAUUACAUACAAAUACCUGAAUCAUUUCACCUAUCAAACCACACUUUUGUGCAUUAAUUAAUUCCUAAUACAUUUUUCCAUAAUGUAAAAUGAAUAAACCAACUUAAGUUUGUGUCACAUACAGACAUACAGUAAGAGAGGAUGCAUUUCAACGUAAUGACAAGGUCAGGUUUGAUUCCCCGAAGCUUUUUCAUGUGAAAAAUAGUGAAAUAUUGAUAGUAUCUUAUAGUAAUCCUCAUUACAUGUAAACUACAUCAGAAAUAAGAUGGUUUUGCCAUAAUAUUACCUCCCUUUUUCCAACACUAUCACAUGAUACUGUUUUAUUUUGCACAAUAUUUCCAGUGUUGGCAGAUGUGUAAUUGGAAGCCAGCGCUCAGUGGCUCUGAGGAUCCCACUGAGUGUUUGUUUACUGUGGCCAUUAAUAGAGGCUCAGCUCAGUGUGAAUGAUGCUAUCACUGGGAUCACAGAAACACUAUUAUCAGUUCACUCUGACAUCACUCAGCUCUUCACAACGACAAAGUGACACCCCCCUCUGUGUCCCACAGCACACAGCGGCCAUCCCUCUGCAGCACAGUCAUUCUGUACAAUGAUCAGCCCAUUGUCUGUGCGGGGACAGAGUGGACAAUGUUGCCAAUCUCUGUCCAAACCAUGAUCCAACACUGCUAUUGUGAGACGUCCUUUUCCCGCUUUAGCAGACGACACGGUGACCCUGAGUGAUGAGAGCAGGAGUCGUGUGAGUGGGGCGAUGAGGGUGUCCACUGUUCUGCCUGGCACUCGGAUAGAAAACAUGAGGAAGGCACACACUAUUGAUCCGUCACCGUGGUGAUGAAAGUGUGAUGUGGACAUGCAGUUCACCAUGACAUGAUGCCACUUCUUUGCAUGCAGUUGGCAUUUCUCAGUGGGCAUCCCUCCUUGUGCUGCUCCUUCAGGAUAUUUCGACCAUCUACACUGACAAACCUUUUUUUUUUUUUUUUUUUUUUCUUGCAUAAAGUGGACAUAAUCUCUUCAUCCGAAUGAAAUAAUCCCAAACAACUGUGGGAUUUUAACCAUUAAAAUGACUGUUUGACUAAAUUUGUUGGACGGGAUGGAGAUGUACAGGCCACUACGCAACGGCUGUUCAUCAAACACGUGACUGGGCUGACUGACCUGCCAUGACUGAGAUGCAGACCUUCCACCACGCCAUGUAUCGACCCCCGAGUUUCUACCUGCAGCCCACCUUGAUGCAGAGGCGUGUCCUGAACGAACAGGUGGACCUGUGGUGGUUCAGAGAGCCACGUCGCUCCUUGUUGUGCUACUGUGUCUCAGUGGUCCUCAUAAUAGGUCUAGGCCUCGGUGGCGUGGGCCUCCUCUCGUCUACCACGAGCCUCUCUGGGGAGUGGCGACUUGGAGUGGGCACCACACUCUGCCUUUUGGCCCUCGCUGUUUUACUUAAGCAGCUCCUCAGCUCCGCCAUCCAGGACAUGAACUGUGUGCACAGUCGACGUCGGAUUGACCAGCUGAGGAGCGGAGGGAGGGCUGACCCGGUGCUGAUCUUUACCGUGGGGUUGUCAGUGAUACUCUGUGGGACAGUGCUGCUCUGUGUGGCUGCAGUUGGCAACCGAGCUCAUGACAGCAGGGAAAUGCUGGUGUCUGGUCUGGUGCUGCUGGCUGCUGGGAUCAUCAUGGUACUGGCGGUAGUGGGCUACUGCGUGCUGGUUUACCUUCAGAAACAAAGGGAGCAGAGGAGGAGGCGGAGGUGGGUGAGAGUUAGUAGAGCAAGGAUGAUGAGGAGUCAAGGUGUGCAGGUGUUCAACAUAUCAGGAGGACAAAGUAGUCAAGCCAGGACCAGCCUGAUCUGAAUCGGCUUCACCUGCAAAAGCGUUCAUGAAAGGUUCGAAAGUCUGUGAAGGUGGAAAAACAUGCAGACGCGUCAGUUCCAAGCUCAAGACUUCGUGUUCCCGUUAGGAUAAAAGUGACGACUGCUGAACAUCACCAACAAAAGAAUGUCUGUAACAAAGCAAUAGUUUUCAGGAAAUGACUCAGGAAAUAAAUCCCCUCUGUUUUUACUGUGUGAAUGAAAAAAAUAAAUAAAGAGUUUGCGGUUUAAAAUAAGUUGUUUUUUUCCUGUACCACAUGCUCAUAAAUCUGUUUCAAAUUAAUUUAUUCAAGAACUGCCUGCUCAAAUAAACUGCGUCUGACUCAACAUUCAAUUGUAUUAUUAUU